CAACAGUGUGACUAGCUGUUGAACAAUGGCAGGAAGUUGGUAUGCUGUUCAGUCUCUGGCACUUUGUGUUUGGUUCGGUGCUUUCUGUCAUGCUGUUCCAAAGUGGAGUAAUCUUCCCCAGAAUUCUCAAACUCUGAUGUUCCAGCAAACUGACCAGCGGUUUCAACAACCAGUUCAACAGCAAGCUAGUCAACCGUUUUCUCCGCAGUUUCAACAGUCAGUUCAACAGCAAGCUAGUCAAUGGUUUCCUCAGCCAGUUCAACAGCAAGCUAGUCAACGGUUUCCUCAGCCAGUUCAACAAGCUAGUCAACAGUUUCCUCAGUCAGUUCAACAGCAAGCUAGUCAAAGGUUUCCUCAGCCAGCUCAACAAGCUAGUCAACAGUUUCCUCAGCAGUUUCCUCAGUCAGUUCAACAGCAAGCUAGUCAACGGUUUCCUCAGCCAGCUCAACAAGCUAGUCAGCAGUUUCCUCAGUCCGUUCAACAGCAAGCUAGUCAACAGUUUCCUCAGCAGUUUCCUCAGUCAGUUCAACAGCAAGCUAGUCAACAGUUUCCUCAGCAGUUUCCUCAGUCAGUUCAACAGCAAGCUAGUCAACGGUUUCCUCAGCCAGCUCAACAAGCUAGUCAGCAGUUUCCUCAGUCCGUUCAACAGCAAGCUAGUCAACAGUUUCCUCAGCAGUUUCCUCAGUCAGUUCAACAGCAAGCUAGUCAACAGUUUCCUCAGCAGUUUCCUCAGUCAGUUCAACAGCAAGCUAGUCAACGGUUUCCUCAGCCAGCUCAACAAGCUAGUCAACAGUUUCCCCAGUCGGUUCAACAGCAAGCUAGUCAACAGUUUCCCCAGUCAGUUCAACAGCAAGCUAGUCAACAGUUUCCUCAGCAGUUUCAGCCUAAGCAGCCAGUGGCACAGGCAGAGCCCCUUGACAAAUGUACUUUAGCUGAUUAUGAGCAGAUCCAAUGUGGACCACCUGGUAUCAGUGGUGCUGAGUGUGCAGCUAUCAACUGCUGCUUUAAUGGACAGCAGUGUUACUAUGGGAAGGCAGUGACUGUCCAGUGUAUAAGAGAUGGUCAGUUUGUGGUAGUGGUGGCUAGAGACGUUACGCUGCCUCGAUUGAGCCUGGAUUCAGUCCGUCUCCUGGGUGGAAAUGAUCCAGCUUGCAGUCCCGUGGGAUCCACACCUUUCUUUGCUAUAUAUCAGUUCCCUGUCACUGCAUGUGGCACAAGCAUGAUUGAGGACAGUGGAUAUGUGGUGUAUGAAAACAGAAUGACCUCCUCGUAUGAAGUGGGUAUGGGACCACUUGGUUCCAUCACAAGGGACAGCCAUUUUGAGCUUCUCUUCCAGUGUAGGUACUCUGGUACUUCUGUGGAAGCUCUGGUUGUGGAGGUCAACACUGUUCCUCCACCUCCACCAGUAGCUGCUCCUGGACCCCUCAGAGUGGAGCUUAGACUGGCAAAUGGUCAAUGUGUCACCAAAGGCUGUGCAGAAGGGGACGAGGCGUACACGUCCUACUACAGUGAUGCUGAUUAUCCGGUGACAAAAGUCUUGCGUGAACCUGUGUAUGUUGAGGUGCACAUUUUGGAGAGGACCGACCCCAACAUUGUCUUGAUGCUGGGACAUUGCUGGGCGACAUCAACCCCUAGUCCACUCAGUCUACCCCAGUGGGACCUUCUGGUUGAUGGAUGCCCUUACCAGGAUGAUCGUUACCUGACCACAUUGGUUCCAGUGGCUGGAUCAUCUGGUCUUCAGUUCCCAACCCACUACAAGCGCUUUGUUGUGAAGAUGUUCACAUUUGUAGAUCCAGCAUCACUGGCUCCUCUGCAGGAAACGGUCUUCAUCCAUUGCAGUACAGAGGUGUGCCAUCCCUCUUCUGGCUCUUGUCAGCAAAGUUGCUCCAGGCAAAGAAGGGACGUUCGUUUAAACACUACCACUUCUGGCCAAACUGUGGUUUCUAGUGGAGAAGUGAGACUGAUUCUAUGAGUAUUUAAUAAAUGAUAUUAAACA